AUGCCAGAGCCAGCUCAUUGCGUCGAGGUCUAUGAACUUUGUGAGGGGGAUUCUAGAGGAGGAUGGAAAGGACAACUUUGGUUUUCUCAGUUUCCUCGAUAUAAUAUGGAGCAAAAUGCUGAUAUUGUCCAUCUAAAGCUGAUGAAAAACAAUACCUUUGUUACUGUGACGGACUCAAAGGGGAACAAGAAACUUGGGGCCUCAGCCGGGUCGUUACCAGGAAUGAAAGGAGGACCAAAAUUGUCUAAGUACGCUGCUGAAGCAACUGCGGAACACGUUGGACGGAUGGCUAGAAAUUUCGGGUUAAAAUCAGUUGUAGUGAAGGUGAAAGGGUUUACUUAUUUUAAGAAGAAAAGGCAAGCCAUUGUGAGCUGGAAAGAGGGCUUUACCAAUUCCAAAGUGGGUAUGAAUCCGAUUGUAUAUAUUGAAGAUACAACCCGAAAACCCCAUAAUGGCUGUCGCCUCCCAAAGAAACGUCGCGUGUAA